ACGCCGGAGAGGCGCGCGUACUGACAGUGUGUGAGGAGAGGAGCACAGAGAUCACAGCACGCGCUCCGAGCCUGUACCUACAGGUGAUCCAUGUAGAGUUCUCUACUGGACUUAAUGCAAACCUGUCAGGUGCCUCUAAAGGGUGGAGCUUCCAACCUCACCACUCCAUGACAUCCCAAAUGCUUGCAGGAUCACUGAUGACCUUUGUGGCUGCCCUCACCAGCCCCUGUUUUCCUCCUGAUCUUCCUUCUUAUCCCUCUCCUCCCCUUUCUUAAAGUCCCCUCCCCUCCUCCUCUGUGUCUCCCAGCCCUGGGCUUAUUACUCAAACCCACUGAAGGGAGCAACACAGUAGCUGGCAAAAGAUGAAGCGGGCCUGCCUGCCAACACCAGACAGAGGAUAGACGACACAAAAGGACUAGCGAAGGGAAGAGAAUCAGAGAGAGAGACUCACACAGACAGGACGGCUGGUGGAUAGAGCUACAACAUUCAAGAUGCCACGCUGAAGGAAAAGACGAGUUUGACUUGUGCGUCAUGAGCUAGCAAAGGUCCCAAACAGAUCUUAAACUGUGGAGUUAUUCCUCACAAACUUUUGGAAUCCCUUCCUCCAACAUACGCACACAAAGGUUUGUGGAGACAUACACUCGUCUUCGGGGCUUAACACCUGCUAUGCCUUUGUAAAGAGUUCGAGCCAUGCCGGCCAAGGGGAAGUACCUGUUGAACGACCAGGAGCUGAAAAAUGAGGCACUUUACCGCAAAUUCUCCUGCAUCAGCCAGUAUCAGCCGCUGGUGCUCCUGCUGGGCCUCUCAAUGCUGUCCUGUGGGAUCCUUCUCAUCAUCUUCUUUGCACUUGGACUGAGCGCAGAGAAACACUGUGCCUUUGUGAGCGUGGUGAGUGGCAGCCUGUGUGUGUUCCUGGCUGUGUUUGUGCUGGUGUGCACAGAGAUGCUCUCACAGCGAUGGAGGCGACUGCUGGGCCUGAUUAUUUGGGCCACACACCUCACCAUGGCUUACACCUUCAUCUUCAGCGGACCAGUAAUCCUGCCUUGGGACCAGGUGCCUUUCUUCCUCUUCAUCAUCUUUACUGUGUACACCAUGCUGCCAUUCCAGUUGUGGUAUGCUGUAGUUCUGAGUGUCAUCACCUCACUGUCCCACAUCCUGGUCCUCACACUGUGCCUCACCAUUAAAAGUGAUGAGUCCCCUCCGUACCUUGCCAAGCAGCUGCUGUCCAACGCAGUGGUGUUUCUGUGUGGCAGUGUAGUCGGAGCCUUCCACAAGGUCCUGAUGGAGAAAACCCUGAGACAGACCUUUCAAGACACUCUGAGGUGCCUGAGCAUGCGGAUGAAGCUGGAGAUAGAAAAGAGACAACAGGAGAACCUGCUGCAGUCUGUGCUGCCGGUAUACAUCUCCAUGAAGAUGAAGCUUGCAAUCAUGGAGCGUCUGCAGGACUGUAAAGACAAGGAGGAGCAGCAGAGACUGGUCAAAGAUAACAACUUUCACAGUCUUUACGUCAAGAGGCACGAGAAUGUCAGUAUUCUCUAUGCAGACAUUGUGGGUUUCACGCGACUGGCCAGUGACUGUUCUCCCAAAGAGCUCGUCAUUAUGCUCAAUGAGUUAUUCGGGAAGUUUGACCAAAUUGCCAAGGAAAAUGAAUGCAUGAGAAUCAAGAUCCUUGGAGACUGCUACUACUGCGUGUCAGGGCUUCCUGUCUCUCUGCCUAAGCAUGCCAAGAACUGUGUCAAAAUGGGUUUGGACAUGUGUGAAGCCAUCAAGCAGGUACGGGAGGCCACAGGAGUCGACAUCAACAUGAGAGUAGGUGUGCACUCCGGUAACGUGCUCUGCGGUGUGAUUGGCCUCCGUAAAUGGCAGUUUGACGUGUGGUCACAUGAUGUAACGCUGGCCAAUCACAUGGAGUCAGGAGGCCUUCCAGGGCGUGUUCACAUCACAGAAGCAACACUGAAACAUCUCAACAAUGCUUAUGAAGUGGAAGAAGGCAACGGCCACUACAGGGACCCCUACUUAAAAGAGCUCAAUGUUCAGACCUACCUUGUCAUCGAUCCCAGGUCCAAGGACCCAUCAUUGAAUAGUCGCAGCACAGCCAAACCCCGGGUGAAUGAUGGUCUCAAGAUGCGGGCGUCUGUUCGUAUGACCCGUUACCUAGAAUCCUGGGGUGCAGUCAAACCUUUUGCACACCUUCAGAACCGAGAGGGCUUCACCCCAGACAGCAUCGUCAAUGGCAAACCACGAUGGAAGGACAUCCCUUUACGACCAACUACAGGCUCAAAGCCCACUGAGAGCAUUGAUGAGUCUCUAGAAGAACCGUUCUCCUUGCCCACCACUCCAUUCAGCAGCUAUAAAAACAAAUCCCAGAAGAGUAAGUUUGAUGAGGAGCUGCACAAUGAGAUGACAACAACAAUAGACGAGCUAAGCAGCAAGCAGUGGUCAAAGUCUGAAGAGACUAUCAGCUUAGCUCUGUGGUUUCCAAAGAAGGAUCUAGAAAAACAGUACCGAGCUCUGGAUCUGCCGAUGUUCAAGCACUAUGUAGGCUGUGCCACAUUCAUCUUCCUCUGUAUCUUUGUGGUUCAGAUGUUUGUCACAAAGGAUCGACAGACGUUGGGGAUAUUAUUUGGAGGCCUGGUUUGUGUGCUGCUGCUAACCAUGGCUAUCUGUUUUGCCAGACACUUACAGCGCCUGUUUCCAGAGAAGCUGUCAAGGUGUCAGUGGCUACCAGCUGUGUCAGAGGCAGUAGUAAAGCAGCCAUGUGUGCGCCUCCCCCUGGCCACCAUUACUACAACGGUCAUCAUUGUGUUGGCAGUGUUCAACCUGUGCUUCGUCCAGACUCAUGUGACAGAAUGUUCCAGUGAUCAUGCCAACCUGUGUCCCACAAAUGAGUCGCGUGUUGUGCAGGGAUUAGAGGACGGCCUCUUCUGCCUGCCUUACUCGGUGUACUGCUGUAUCCUGUCGCUCAUUGCAUGUGGAGUCUUCCUACGGGUGAGCUUUGAGCUCAAAGUGCUCUUCCUCAGUGUGGCCUCUGCAACGUACUACAGCAUCAUCCUCAGUAUCAGGGGGCAACUGUUCGAUGCCUUCAAAGUCGACCUCUGUUCUCAGAUCAGUGGCUGCUGGAACUGCAGCAGCAGUGAUGACUCUGUGCUGAGAUGUUUAGGGCUGGUGAAACACCCUCAGGUGAUGAGCUGCAUAUAUAUCACCCUGUUCCUCGUCACGAUGCUCAUUAUCUCACAACAGAACGAGUCCUGCUUUCGUCAGGACUUCCUGUUGAAGUAUAAGAACCGCACAGAACAGGACGAGAUCGAGACCAGGGAGAACCUGAACCGCCUGCUGCUGGAGAAUGUGCUGCCAGCCCACGUGGCAGCUCUGUUCGUUGGGGAGAAUAAAAAGAAUGAGGACCUGUACUACAAGUCCUAUGACUGUGUCUGUGUGAUGUUCGCCUCAGUGCCAGAUUUCAAAGAGUUUUACACCGAGUGUGAUAUCAACAAGGACGGACUGGAAUGCCUGAGGCUCCUAAACGAGAUCAUUGCUGACUUUGACGAGUUGCUGUCCAAGCCUAAAUUCAGCGGUGUGGAGAAGAUCAAGACAAUUGGCAGCACAUACAUGGCUGCAGCAGGGCUCAGUGGGACGCCUGGUCAGGAGAACAAUCAGGACAAAGAGCGGCAGCAGGCACAGAUCGGGAUCAUGGUUGAGUUUGCCAUCGCUCUGAUUGGCAAGUUGGACGGCAUCAACAGACAUUCCUUCAACAGCUUCAGGCUGCGUGUGGGCAUUAAUCACGGCCCAGUGAUAGCCGGAGUGAUCGGAGCAAGGAAACCUCAGUAUGACAUCUGGGGCAACACGGUUAACGUGGCCAGCAGGAUGGAGAGCACUGGGGAGCUGGGCAAGAUCCAGCUCACAGAGGAAACAUCCGUCGUGCUGAACAGACUGGGCUACUCCUGUGAGUGCCGAGGAUUAAUAAAUGUGAAGGGCAAAGGGGAGCUGAAAACUUUCUUUGUGUGUACGGACAUGAGCAAGCAGCAGAGUAUGGGGCUGAGCUGAGGAUGGGCUGCUGCAGCAAACAGAACUGGAGACAGACUCGUGUGAACAGGCCGGGAGCUGAAACACGCCUGGACAGCACAAGUGUUGAGACAGAACUGACUGUGAACCAGCUGCAUUCCUGUGAUGUCACGAUAAAAGACCACUUUCAACUCUGGACCGGGUCAGGUGGAUCAGGAUGGAGGAGAAAUGCUCACAACUUACAAUCAACUUUUUUAUUCACAAACACGUUUACGUCCAGUGCUCAGUCACUUUUGUACUUUUUGUCUCUAACUUAGAUGUUUAGUAGUAAAAAUGUGUAAUGUACUAAUGCCAAAUAAGAGUUGUGUGAUUUAUGAAGAACCCUUUGGUCCUUUAAAAACAAAACAAAGGAUUCUGUUUGGAUCAUAAUUGAAAAUUGUGUCUGGUUUUCCUGUUAGAGAAGAGGUGGACACACUGCUCUGUUACUGUGUAAUGAGCAUUAUCAGUAGUACAACCAAAAUUCCCAAAAAGUUGGGGCGCUGUGUAAAAUGUUUAACAAUAGUUUUUAUAGUUUGCAAAUCAUCAGACCCUACAUUUAACUGUAAAUAAUGAAAAGACAACAGAUCAUAUGUUAAAAAUUAAAACAUAUGAUUGUUUAAUGAAAAAUACACACUCAUUUUAAAUUUGAUUCCAGCAAGACACGACAAGAACAACAAACUGAUCAAAUUUAUUGUCAGAUAAAAUUCUUUCAUCAUAUUAGACGAGUGAUUUUUGGGCCCUCAGGCAGCACUGCAAUAAAAACAGACAUGACUCUGUACUGGAAAUCACUGCAUUGGCUCAAAAUCACAUCUUAAAAAAACAGUCUGUGAACACAGUUUGUCGCUGCAUCUGCAAAAUGCAGAUUAAAACUCUAGAUCCAGGAUUUUAUGCAACAUGAUCCAGGAAUGUGACUUCUCUGGUCCUGACCCCAUUUAGGAUGGACUCAGACAAAGUGGAAAACUGUCCUGUGAUCAAAAUUGGAAAUGUUGUCUUUGCACCAUUUUGAGUUAAAUACAGUGUUUAAUGAUCUGCUAACCAUCAAAUACUCUUUUCAUGAGCGUUUCACACAGUGUCUUGUUUUGGAGUUGAGGUCGUAGGAUGUACGGGAGAUAACGUUGAAGAACCUUCAUGCUUUCUUUGGGAGAUAUUCACAUGACAAAAAGUACCUACACUGUCUGCCCAAGUGAAAAAUGUUAAAUUCUUAAUGGACCUGAGUUGGUUGCUCAGUAAAUUGAGGUCCAUAAUACACCUUUGACAAGAUAUUUGCUGCUUUUCAGGAAGAAAUGGACAAAUAUCAUAAAAUCCAUGUGCUGUAAGUCAGCUCUCUAAGUGCUGCUGCUUGUCUUCGUAUAUGCUGCAAGGAGGGAAACCUGUGACCCUCUCUUCUCUGUGUCUUUGUCUGUGUGAUUUAACACCCUGCCUGCUGUGAAUUUUUCUCUGGCUCCAGCUCCAAUCACCUCCUAAACUGAUCCAGAAUGCUCUAUGUCUCUGAAAACUUGACUUGUCUCGUGGCCUUAUAUCUUUGAGACCAUCACAUUUUUUGAUAGUUGUUACAUAUUGAUAAUAAUAAUAAUAAUGUAUUGGCCUUGAUGUGAAUAAGAGCGGCAUUUCAUAUUGUACAGAUACAGAAUGUAAUAAAUGUUUUCUUAAGUCUGAA